AUGUCAGAAGAUAUCGACAAUAUUUCAGCCCAAGAAUUCGUUCCUUGGUUAAGAGAAAUAGCAGAAAUUGUUGAGAAACUCGUAAUAUUUUAUCAAAAUGUAGAGCAUAAUAAACGAAUUUGUGGAGUGCUAAUGGUUAGAAUACAAGCAGCUCGUGCGUCAAUAAACAGUUUAGAAAUUUGUGCAUGCGAAUUUCCUGAAUCCACCGAUUUUUUUACUCCGGAAAAUUAUAUAAAUUUACGAAAUUUUAAACUUUUUCUGAAAAAAAUUGAAGAAUUUAUCAAGAAAGUUCAAAAUAUUCAAAAUUACCAAUUCUUUCUUGAUAAAAAUUCUAUAAAAAAUGAAUUUUAUGACCUUAUUGAUAAAUUCGAUGAUUAUAUGAAAUCAUUAAAUUUUUCAAUGGCCAUCAAUAUAAAACAUCCAUCAAAAGAUAUUGAAUUGAUAAAGAAAGAUAUUGAUGAUAUGAAAGAGUAUCUUAAAUGGAUUAUGGAAAGUACUAAUAAAGAACAAAUAGAUAAGAUUGAAGAGAUUAUGGAAAGUACUAAUAAAGAGCAAAUAGAUAAGAUCGAAGAAAUCACAUUAAGUAACAGUGAGUUGUUACAAAAAAUUACCGUGAAAAUUGAAGAUUUAAUAAGAAAUAAAAAUGCAUAUGACAACCCAAAAAUGCAAAAACUUAUCCGUAAGGAAAUUAUUGCAAGUGCAAGUCUUAAUCCUGAUGAUUUUAUUCUUGAUCAAGAAAAACCAAUUCGUGGCAGAGUUCGAAAAUAUCAUUACAAACGUUUUGGUGAGUUUGAUGUAGCACUUAAGGAAUUAGAACAAAAAACAAAAAUGUCAGAUAGACUUGUACUUCAAAUUGGAAUUUUGAAAAAUAUUAAUGAAUCAAGAGAUAUUGUUCAAUACAUUGGUCUUGUUACAAUUAAUUCUCGGCAAUUUCUUGUUACCCAAUGGGCUGAAAAUGGAACGUUGCGUGAAUAUUAUGUAAAGAGAAAUCCAGAUAUCAAAAUCAGAGCGAGACUUGCUUUGGAAAUCGCGCGUGGAUUAAAUUAUCUUGAGGCAUAUAAAAUAUUUCAUCAUGAUGUUCGGAGUGAGAAUGUAUUAGUUGAUUAUUUUGAACAUGCAAAAAUCACAAAAUUCGAAUUCAGUCGUAGUAUUGGUGAUGCUGUUAGUAGCACCAAUCUUGAUGUUACCAUGGAAAACGUCCGCUACAUGGCUCCUGAAAAGAUUAAUAAUAGCGCUCUACGAUAUAACUCAAAAUGCGAAGUGUUCAGUUUCGGAAUGCUUUUAUGGGAACUUGCAGAACAAAAACUUCCUUUUUCUGAAACUGGAAAUACUGUACUUGCAAUAAGUCAAUUAAUAGUAGACAAUACGAUGAAUCUAAAAUUUUCGAGUCAUGAUGUACCAAAAAAAUGGAAAAGUCUUGUAUCUAAAGCUACUCAAUACAAAGCCAUAGACCGUCCAGAGAUGAAGGAAAUACUUAGGAAAAUUAGAUUCAUUAACGAAUCGAUUAAUACAACUACUCCCGAUGCGUCAGAUUCACAUAAUGAUUUACAAACGUUAACAUUUAAUGAAGCAAUUGAACAGACAAAUCUUAAAAAUGGUUCUAAAGAAAGAGCUUGGAAAACAAUUGUUAAAUAUUCAGAAAAAAAGGAUGAUUUUACUGCAAAAUUUUGGAAAGGAUAUUAUCUUUUUUAUAAAUUAGUCAAGUUUCCAUAUUCUGAUGAUGAAAGAAUCCAGCUUGCUGCUAAAGCAUUUAAAGAAGCUGCAGAUGGAGCAAAUCACAAGGAGGCACAAUUUAUGUACGCUUCAUGUAUUUAUAAAAAGAUUCCAUCCGAAGCGAUAAAAUAUUUUAAAAUGGCAGCUGCACAGCAACAUACCAUUUCGAUGCAUAAUUUAGGAUUGUUAUAUUAUAAUGGUAAGUACAUUGAUGUCGACAAAAAGGAAGGUGAAUAUUGGUUUAAAAGAGCCGCAGAUG